AUGGCCCCGUGGGCGUCCGCGGAGCUGUGGCUGCUGCUGCUGCUCCAGCUGUGUCCCGCGCGCGCCUCGCCGCCCCGCAGCUGCCCCCCCGCCUGUAUCUGCACCUCCGACCUGCUGAGCUGCAGCCGGCAGACCCUGCAGCGCGUGCCCCGUGCGCUGCCGCCCACCGCCACCACGCUGGACCUGAGCCACAACGCGCUGAGCCAGCUGCAGGACGGCUGGCUGGCCGCGCUGCCGCACCUCGAGGCUCUGCACGUCGGCCACAACCAGAUCGGCGAGCUGUCCCCGCGUGCCUUCCACAACGCGUCCCGCCUGCGGCACCUCGACAUGUCCUCCAACCGCCUGCGUGCCGUCGAGACGCACUACUUCGAGGAGCUGGUGAGCCUGGAGGAGCUCCUGCUCUACAACAACCGCAUCGCGCGGGUGGACGAGAACGCCUUCGCCAAGCUGAGCGGGCUGAGGAAGGUGUACCUGAGCUGGAACAACCUCACCUCCUUCCCCUUCCACGCGGUGCAGGGCCUGGGCAACUUCAGCCUGCGCACGCUGGACCUGUCCUCCAACAGCCUGAGCAGCCUGCCUGUGGAGGAGCUGGCGGCGCUGCCUGAGCACGUCCGCAACGGCCUCUACCUGCACAACAACCCCGUGCGCUGCAGCUGCCCGCUCUACCUGAUGCUGCAGCGCUGGAGGCAGCGGGGUUUCAGCUCGGUGCGGGAUUUCUUUGAGGAGCACACCUGCAAGGUAUCCGACGCUGUGCCGCGCUCCCUGAUCAAGCUCCUCAAGUACAACCACCUGUUUGAGAACUGCUCGGCCGAGCCAGACCCCACGCAGCCCGUGUCCUUCCCGGUGACGGUGGGCCGGGUGCUGCUGCUGGCCUGCAAUGCCAGCCUGCCCCACGUCGCCUACAUGUGGAUCUCCCCACACCAUGAGCCCAUCUGGCCCCCGGGGAAUGCCAACCGCUCCGUCGAGGUGUUCCACAACGGCAGCUUGCGUAUUGCAUCCGCCCGGCCCUGGCACUCCGGGGUCUAUGUCUGCUUGGCCAUCAAUGGCCCCAACGUCAGCCGGCUGUGCGAGGUCAAUGUGACGGUGCAUUACUCCAAGCCAGACGGGGAGGCGUUCAGCACCGGCCUGACCACGCUGCUGGGCUGCAUCGUCAGCCUGCUGCUGGUGCUCGUCUACCUGUUUGUGACGCCGUGCCGCUGCCCGCCGUGCUGCAGGACGGCUUCCCCCAGCCCCCCGCAGGAGUGCAGCGCACAGUCCUCCAUCCUCAGUGCCACACCGCCCACCACCGACGGGCCCAGCCGCAGGGCCAGCAAGCACGUGGCCUUCCUGGAGCCUGCCCGUGAGGUGCUGGAUGGCAAGGAGCGCCCGGUGCCCGGUGAGGGCCUCCCCGACGGCAGGCAUCCCAAGGUGCUGCAGCUGCGGUCGGACACCGAGUCCAUCAGCUCCGUGUUUUCAGACACCCCCAUCGUGUCGUAGUGGGGCUGAGCUGUUCGCCUGCUCAGAGCAUCACCGAGCCCCAGCGGCUCAGCCUGAC